AAAUCUCUCACACACAAGUCUCACGCCACAAAAACUCUCACAAGGCCCCCAAAAAACACUCUGACACUCACCAAAAACCUCACAUUUCAGGUCACCUUUUUUUUACAGUGUGGCAUUAUUUGUUGUGUGUGUGUCUGUGUGUGUGUGUGGUGUGUAUUAUCUUGUAACCAGUCACUGUCCUGUGACUCGUUUCCUUCCUGAAUUGCUGUGGUGGCCCAGUGUUGGUGUGUGUUUAUGGAGUUCCACACGCCGGUGUGUGCUUUUGCGUGUAUGUCCAAGAUGCGUGUGCGUGUUAUUGUGCGUGUGUGUGUUCUGCUGCUGGUGACCACAGAGGGUUUGCCAUCAUCUGGGUUGACUGUGCACGUCUCUGAUGAGGUCAGCGUGUUGCGAGGACAAGAUGCCAUCCUGGGAUGCUCCUUCACUCAUCCCAAGCAGGACCGCUACACCGACAACAUCACGUUGAGCUGGAUCCACGGAAUCGAAACUAAUUCACCGUUUUUCCAAUGUAACGUCAAGAACGACUCAUUGGCCAAACUCGAAUGCCUUGCCCUAGGCGAAUACUCGUUGGCUGGCAACCUCCGCCAGGGGAAUGCGUCGCUUCGCAUCAGCGCUGUCCAAGUGCAGAGAGACGGUGUGUACUUCUGCAAAAUAGAACUGAAGCAAGGAGGGUCACAGACCAAAGAGGUGAAGCUGAAGGUACAAGUGAGGCCUUCAAUCCUGAGCCUGUCAAUGGUCACCAGCAGUUCCAGUGCCCCCAACAGGCUACAGUGUGUGGCAGAGGGCCUACCGGAGCCCAACAUCACCUGGCUGUCAGCUUAUGGGCAGCCGUUAGCGACAGCAUUAGCGGCGCGUGUGAAGACCUCAUUUGCAGAUCGGUACCUCAACAGCUCCUUACCAUACAAGGGGCAGGAAGAGCUCACAUGCCGGGUGGAGAAUGCGCUGGGGCGAGCCGAGGGGACGUACCCGCCAGCGAACACGCUGAGGGACGUGGGCCUGGUUUGCGGCGUUGUUGCGGUUGCACUGCUGAUGUUGGCCACAUGGGGCUUCGUCGUCCACCGACAGAAGAUUAGAGCACGAAAUCGCAACGCUCAGAUUCAACAAAACGAUCAAAGACUAGAGAACCGCCUCCUGCAAUCCUCCCAUGGUCCAGCCGGCGGCGCUAUUGCGCUUCAGACUGUUUAUGCCACUGUUGUUCUUCCCGAUGCCAGUGAAGGCGUGCCAUGUACAAAGUCCAAGCAUGCUCACAUAGAUCAACAAGGUAAGAGGCAAGAUCAUGAGUUUCUUCUAACAGUUAAUCAAUCCGUCAUUUUAUUUUGAAUGGCUUGAAAGAAGAAGGAUUUUUUUUGGGGGGGGGGGGCGGGACUUUGACAGUCUUUUUGUAGUCUUCUUUAAAUACUUUCCCAGUCGUUGGUAAAUGCCAGAUGUUCAAUUUUGUCUUUUCAGAUAUCUUGUACUCAACUGUGGCAUUUCAGUAGUCUUCUUCAUCAUCUUUGAAGUUGCGUGUUCCUCCCCAAGCUUAAGGUCUGCACUACCGGCAAAGGGGUGGGGUCAACAUUUAAAAAGCAGUUUGCAGAAGUUUGAGUCAUUUUUGUCAUUCCUAAAUGGUGGCUCUCACAUGAAGCAUCAGGAUGUGAUCGAAGUGAAUAAAGAACCUCGUGUCAUGU